CCCACCGUAGACGUGCGGAGUCUCUGGACCCUCGGCUCGUCCAGCUGCAUCAUGUUCACGUGCGCGCUGCUGGCGGUGGUCAGCCUGCUGUUCGCGGUGCACUACUUCUACACCAGCAGGAAGAGGAGAGAGAACGAGCCGCCUUUAAUCAAAGGCUGGAUCCCUUUCCUUGGGAAAGCUCUGGAGUUCAGGAAAGAUGCUUAUAAGUUCCUGGAUGAGCAGAAGAGGAAGCAUGGAGACAUUUUCACGGUCCAGAUCGCAGGUAAAUACAUGACCUUCAUCAUGGAUCCGUUACUGUAUCCGUACAUCAUCAAACACGGCCGGCAGCUCGACUUUCACGAGUUCUCCAACAAGGUGGCACCCGUCACAUUCGGGUACCCGCCGGUCCACAGCAAGCUGCACCCUGGGCUGAAGGAGCAGAUCCAGCGCGCCUUCAAACUCCUGCAGGGGGACAACCUCACCCCGCUGACAGAGAGCAUGAUGGGUAACCUGAUGCUGGUGUUUCGCCAGGAUCACCUGGGGCACGGCGGCUGGAGGAGCGGUAGCAUGUACCAGUUCUGUCUGUCCGUCAUGUUUGAGGCCACCCUCCUGACCAUGUUCGGCCACCCGGCGGCCGCCCGCCGCCAAACUGGGAUGAGCACGCUGAGGAAUGACUUCGUCAAGUUCGACAACAAGUUCCCUCUGCUCAUCGCGCAGGUUCCCAUCUGGCUGCUGGGGGAAACCAGCGCCGUCCGCAAAAAGCUCAUCAACCACUUCCUGCCCGACCGCAUGUCACGCUGGACCGACAUGUCGGAGUUCAUCCGCAUGCGUAUGGAGGUGUUUGAGAACUACGAAAACCUGAGAGACGUCGACAAAGCAGCUCAUCACUUUGCCAUGCUUUGGGCGUCUGUGGGGAACACGGUUCCUGCCACCUUCUGGGCCAUGUACUACCUGGUGAGCCACCCGGAGGCGCUGCAGGCGGUGCGACAGGAGAUCCAGGAGGUCUUGAGCCUCAGUGGUGUGGAAUUCAGCAGUGACACAGAUGUGAAGCUGCACAGGGAUCAGCUGGACAAGCUCCGUUAUCUGGAGAGCACCAUCAAUGAGAGCUUCCGUCUGUCCUCGGCCUCCAUGAACAUCCGGGUGGCGCAGGAGGACUUCAGUCUGCGGCUGGGGGAGAGUCGCUCAGUUGCCGUCAGGAAAGGAGACAUCAUCGCCAUGUAUCCUCAGAUCAUGCACCUGGACCCGGAAAUCUACGAGGAGCCCAAGACGUUCCGAUUUGACCGCUACGUUCACAACGGUGCAGAGAAAACAGACUUCUACAAGGACGACCAGAAGCUGAAGUACUACCUGAUGCCAUUUGGCUCGGGCUCAUCCAUGUGUCCCGGACGCCACUUUGCCAUGAAUGAGAUAAAGCAGUUCCUGUGCCUGCUGCUGCUGUACUUCGACCUGCAGCUGGAGGACGGGCAGAGCCGCGCUGAGCUCGACCCCAGCAGGGCCGGUCUGGGGAUCCUGCUGCCCUCUGCUGACGUCCGAUUCCGCUACAGACUGCGAGUUGUCUGACAACAAGACUGAUGGUGGUUACUGACUGGACACUGAAUCAGUCAUGAGAGUGAGUCAGUCAGUCAUGCUGGUAAAGGAAGGAUCCUCUCCAAACUGUUCCCACAAUUUCGGACAUGCGAAAUAGUCCAAAAUGUCUUAGUAUGCUGAAGCUUUUAGUUCCUGUCACUGGAACUAAGAUACAGAUCCAGACUCUCCAUAAACAAGUGUCCACACCAGAGUCCCCCCUUCAACAAACUUUAUAUUUGGUACGAUGCAGUCAGACAAGAACUGUUGGGAAACUGUGCAAAUACUUUUGGCAAUAUCGGGGGGCGACAGUAGCUCAGUUGGUAGAGAAGGUCGUCUUAUAACCGGAAGGUUGGCGGUUCGAUCCCUGC